AUGGCUUCAUUGAUUAGCAGCAAAAGCCACAUAUCUGAUGCGGUUAAUAACGCGGACUCGUACCGAGUUUUAAAGGGCCGUGUGAGUGUUGUGAAGAAUACUCCGGAUGCACGGUUGAUGCCGUACUUAGAGCUAGCCGGAUUUGGGUCCAUAGCACAGAUUCGGUACACCCUUGGGCUCCCAAUUGACGGGAGUCCCGUAACGGGAUUAUCUGCAUUUACCGAUCCGGAUGCACUUUGCUAUCAGCUUUUAGGAGACUCACCAGGGGACGGUGAGUCAUAUUUUUCGGGCGUACAAUUUACAUGGCUGAAAGCCAAGUAUGGACAAUUAUCAGCGACAGCCACUGAAGGCGAGUUGAUGUGCGCUGCUCGAGCAUACAUCAUGCAUAUCAUAGGGGGAGAAAUCAUGCCUAAUGCAAGCAACGACAAGGUGCAUUUGAUGUACUUGCCCCUGUUAGCUGACAUGUCCAGUGUUAGCUCUUAUAGCUGGGGCUCAGCUGUGCUAGCAGUAUUGUAUCGAGAGCUUUGUCGGGCGACAGAUCCGAAAGUUCGCGACAUUGGCGGAUGCCUCUCACUGCUGCAGUCCUGGGCGCUGUAUCGGAUGUAA